AUGAGAUUCAAAAUAUCGAUUGCGUCUAGGCCUUCGCACGAUGCUCCCGUCACCUGUGUGGGAUGGAGCAGCACAGAAGAAGUCUACUCCUCGGGAGAUGACAACCAACUCCUCUCAUGGUCCGUCUCUACGAACCAGUCGACGAAAAUUGCCCAAUUAAAUCAGGAUCUUUUCCCUACUGAUAUGCAGUUCCUGCCCAGGGUAGGCGGUACAUUGGGCAAGCACGGAGACCUCGUCCUGUUAACCUCCGCUGAUGGGAAGUUCUACAUCCUGAACAGAGCCGGCAGGAUUGAAAGGUCGGUGGAAGCGCACAAGGGAGCCAUCCUUGUGGGUCAGUGGGGCAACGACGGUUCUGGGCUACUCACAGCCGGAGAAGAUGGUCUCGUGAAAAUUUGGUCGCGUAGCGGUAUGCUACGCUCUACAGUGGUGUCCAGCGACAACUCUGUGUAUGGGGCGUGCUGGUCACCUGACAGCCAAAGCAUCGCCUACGCACAAGGAAAAUGCGUGGUAAUCAAGCAGUUGGCGCCCAACACAAAGCCUCUCAGAUGGAAGGCUCACGAAGGCAUCGUCUUGUGCCUCGCUUGGAGCGUCGCGUCCGACCUCAUCGUCUCCGGCGGCGAAGACUGCAAGUACAGGGUGUGGGACUGCCACGGUCGCCAAAUGUUCUCUAGCACCCUCCACGACAACCACAUCACGUCCAUAGCCUGGGCGCCGGCUGGCGAUCUCUUCGCCGUGGGCUCUUAUAACACCCUGCGUCUAUGCGACUAUUCCGGUUGGUCCAGAUCACUAGAGAAGCCCAACACCGGCUGCAUAUACAAACUAGCUUGGUCCGGUGAUGGCACCCAACUAGCAGGCGCUUGUGCCAACGGGCAGGUGCUCUUCGCUCACGUAGUGGAGCGGGAUGUGACCUAUGCCAACUUCACAGCAUCCGUCAGUGAGAGGAAAGUGGUUACAGUGCGCAACGUACUAGAUGAAACUAAAGAGCACCUAGAGCUGCCCGAGAGGAUCAUCCAGUUAGCCCUGCGGUACGACCACCUGGUGAUCACCACCCCCACACAGUGCUACAUAUACAACACGAACAAUUGGAACACCCCGGCUAUCUUCGAUUUAAAGGACGGAUCUGUGAUUAUUCUUCUGUUAAGUGAGAAGCACAUGUUGCUAGUUGAAAAGGGUACUGUAGGUAUCUACAACUAUCAGGGCAGGCUCGUAGCUUCGCCUCGUUGGCCAAACAUGCGUCUAGAUUAUCUGAGAGGUUCACAUCUCUCUCUAUCGCCCGACACUUUAGCUGUAAGAGAUACAAGUGAUAUGAAAACUGUCCACAUAAUCGAUUUAUCAAACACUAGAAGUGCCUCCGAAGCAACCACAAUCCAGUACUCCAUGCACAUCAUCCAGGUUGCUCUAGACCAAUGGGGCGAUUCGUCUUCAAGAAGUUUAGCCAUCUUGGACAAGGCUAGGGAUUUAUACAUAGUCCAAGUGAAGAGUUCCAAUAAAACAUUCUCUAAGUUAGGUAGAAAAAUCGAAUCGUUUCAAUGGAACGCCAACGAUAACACCAUAGCAGCCAUCCAGGAUGCGCAGUUGAUAGUGUGGUACUGUCCUACUGCCUCGUUUAAUGCAAAGUUACUAAAACUUUGUUCGCUGCAAUAUGACUCUCCCGAAUUAGGCCGUAGUCCCAGAAUAAGCGACUUCAUAGGCAAUUCAGUGUCGAUAAGAAGGGCGGAUGGAUCGUUACUAAACGUGCCGAUUUCACCUUUCCCGAAUCUGAUACAUAAGUAUGUGCAGGACAACAAGUGGUCUGACGCUCUCAAUUUAUGUCGCACGAUAAACAGCGAAACGGCAUGGGCUUGUCUUGCCGUACUGGCAACUCAAACCAAUUCUGAUACUAUUGAUAUUGCGGAGGAGGCGUACGCUAACAUCAACCACCACGAGAAAGUAUUCUAUUUGCAAUAUGUUAAGACUUUACCAACAAAGGCAGAACAAAAAGCUCACAUGGCACUGCUAGGUGGACGGCUACAAGAAGCCGAAUCGGUAUUACUUCAUAAUGGAAUGGUGUUUCAAGCAAUUUAUAAUAAUGUCAACUUACAUAACUGGACAAGGGCUUUAGACUUGGCUAUAAAGCACAAAACUCAUAUAGACACUGUUUUAUACUUAAGGCAGAAAUAUUUAGAUAACUUGGGAAAGACAGAAAACAACAAUAAGUUUAAUACUUUGAAGGAAAACGUACAGAUAGAUGUUGAAAAAGUGGAACAAAAAAUCCAAAUGGAGCUGCAAAAAAGAAGACCAAACCAAUGA